ACACUGGACAGCCUUUCCAACCAUGAUUUUCGUUGGGAAGAUCAUCAACAUGUACAGCAUAGCAGGAUUUGGACUCUUCCUGGCUGUGUCCUGUCGCCUUGGUCUAGUGAGCUCAUCAUCACCUUGGCUCUAUCUUGGACUAGGACUGGUUGGAUUCCUCCUGGGUUUCUCCCUGGUCCUGUUCUCGGGCAAGAUCAAGAAACCUGCCAUUACCCAUCAACCCCCACCAGCCUUCCAGGCCUUGGUGACCAAGAUUAUGGAAAUCAAAGCACGUAGAAGAAGACCAGGAAGGCGGGUUAUCAUAUCAAGGAAUAUUGACAAUGCUAUUAGAGAUUUAUUUCAUCUAGCUGUCAGGGACUAUGUGAUGAUCUGGUACAAAACUCUCGGAAAAGAAGGUCCUACUUUUACUGAUGCUCUAGAAACGGAUAUGUGGGAGGUGGUCCAUAAUUUGUCACUUCGACUCAAAAGAAUUGACAUGGUUCGCUUCCUCUCCAGUGAUGUUGUAUACAAACUCUGUGAUCACUUUCAGAAACUGAGGGAGACCAGUGUCAGGGAAGGUGAGGAGCCGAAGAUCUUCUAUCUGCACCCGUCCCUGGCCAGCGAGGAGGCAGAGACACAGUUCUUCCGGGAGGCGGUUGAGGUUCUCCUGGUCUUGCUCCUCCCCGAGAGGUUGGCAGGGUGCGAGAUGGCCAGGCAACUCCUUAGAGAAAUCUUCACCUGUCAAGUUGUGAAGCCUGCAGUGGACAUGCUGUGCAGUCCUCAUUUCAUCAAUACGACAUUCCUCAUGCAUCUUCAACGGACUGAGAAGCUUGUUGAGAAGAGCAAACGACGCUAUGCCUAUGCCGCUACCUAUGAGGAGUUUAUUAAACUCAUCAACUCAACGAGCGAUGUGGAUGAACUCCUUCAGAUCAGAUACCAUAUAUUAACAGAGAUAAUGCAUGCUACAGUAAUAGAAGACCUGAAGAAAACGAGGGGUGAACUGGAAGGAGAAAAGGGACGGGCAAAGGGGACAAAGAAAGGGGAUAUGCUUCGUGGCAGGAAUUUAAAAAGAUACAUCAAUCAGUGCAAUGUUGCUAAAGCCCAGUGUGAGAAGCGUUUGAAGCUUCUUGGAGGACCCGACUACCAAUCUUAUUACAAAGGAUCCGGGUCAGGGGGCCAGGAAGACGCCUACCAAACCCAACGCCUGAUGUCUCUUGAUGAAAUACUCGGGGAGGGAAAGAAAAGAGAAUGUUUCUUGGCUUUCCUCAAACAAGAAGGAAAGGAGGACCUCUUGAAUUUCUGGCAAGCUGUUGAGAGUUUGAAAAGCAGUAAAAAGCCUCGUGACCAGCACAUGAAUGCGACUACCGUAUACCGCACCUUUGUUGCAACGAGCAGUGUAGUCAAGGUCGAGAGGAAGCUGAUACGAGGAAUGGAAGCCUUCCUGGUUGGAAAUGCUGUAAGUAUUCCUUUUAAUAGUGAUGGGGAGCCUUUCACAAGGUGAUUUGUCUGUGAUUUUAACUGGAAAAGUCACUCUCAACCAAUCAGAGGGAAUGAUUUCAGUAGUUUAUAACAGUUGUGCCUCAGUCCCUGACUUUUUCCCAUUGAAUGGAGGUUUGCUGUAUGAAUAAUUCUGUGAAGCAUAGACAUUACAUGUAGGUUCAUAGGUAGUAUUUAUUGUCCAAAUAAAUAUAUAAGUGGAAAUUUGCAUUUUACAUGGUAUUGAACAUACAUAACAUAGCAUGGAAAAUGAACUUAUUUACGGAAAAUCAAACAAUUACAUAUAGACAAUUAUGAUAUAAAUGUGCGUAGCAUUUGAAACAAUUAAUGUUAUUGACAUUAAAAUUAAGAUUGAAAUGGAAAUUGGAACUGAAAGUAAGUUAUCGGAUAUUGAAAUGAAAUUGACAUUAGAAUUAAAAUAAAAAUCAGUACUAUAUAAAUCUUCACAGAUUGAUGAUAAAGAAUUAACAUUGUAUUUAGUCGUAUAAUUAUCUUACAUUUCUCAUUCAAGGAAUUAAUUAUUUAAAAAAAAUUCUACUUUAUUGUUCAGUGUAUGUAUAUACCAUUACCCCCAUGACUACCGUUUACCUGCUUUGAACAUCGUCUACACCAACUACCCGACAAGGUUAAGUUACAUUAUUAGGCAUAUCAUUAUUCUUACAUAAUCCCUUCCUCAUUCAGCAUUCGGAUUGACCCUUUAGAGUAUUAGCUUUAAUAGUUUAAGAUCAUUGGCACACAGACCCAUAGGCACAUUAUGGAGUAUCUGCUUUGUAACUCUUUGUUCCAUAGCUAACCAGGGAGACAGUGCAUUUCAUCAAAGUAUGUCAUUUGAUAAGUUCUCUGAUCCGACAAAUUCGAUAGAUCAUGAUUGGCUGACAAGCACACUACAUGUACAGUGUAUGUUGGAUAAAGCAUUCAGUAAGUCCUUUCAUCAACCAACCCAGGCUAUGUUCCAUAGCUAACCAGGAAAACAGUGCAUUUCAUCAAAGUAUGUCAUUUGAUAAGUUCUCUGAUCCGACAAAUUCGAUAGAUCAUGAUUGGCUGACAAGCACACUACAUGUACAGUGUAUGUUGGAUAAAGCAUUCAGUAAGUCCUUUCAUCAACCAACCCAGGCUAUGUUCCAUAGCUAACCAGGGAAACAGUGCAUUUCAUCAAAGUAUGUCAUUUGAUAAGUUCUCUGAUCCGACAAAUUCGAUAGAUCAUGAUUGGCUGACAAGCACACUACAUGUACAGUGUAUGUUGGAUAAAGCAUUCAGUAAGUCCUUUCAUCAACCAACCCAGGCUAUGUUCCAUAGCUAACCAGGGAAACAGUGCAUUUCAUCAAAGUAUGUCAUUUGAUAAGUUCUCUGAUCCGACAAAUUCGAUAGAUCAUGAUUGGCUGACAAGCACACUACAUGUACAGUGUAUGUUGGAUAAAGCAUUCAGUAAGUCCUUUCAUCAACCAACCCAGGCUAUGUUCCAUAGCUAACCAGGGAAACAGUGCAUUUCAUCAAAGUAUGUCAUUUGAUAAGUUCUCUGAUCCGACAAAUUCGAUAGAUCAUGAUUGGCUGACAAGCACACUACAUGUACAGUGUAUGUUGGAUAAAGCAUUCAGUACGUCCUUUCAUCAACCAACCCAGGCUAUGUUCCAUAGCUAACCAGGGAAACAGUGCAUUUCAUCAAAGUAUGUCAUUUGAUAAGUUCUCUGAUCCGACAAAUUCGAUAGAUCAUGAUUGGCUGACAAGCACACUACAUGUACAGUGUAUGUUGGAUAAAGCAUUCAGUAAGUCCUUUCAUCAACCAACCCAGGCUAUGUUCCAUAGCUAACCAGGGAAACAGUGCAUUUCAUCAAAGUAUGUCAUUUGAUAAGUUCUCUGAUCCGACAAAUUCGAUAGAUCAUGAUUGGCUGACAAGCACACUACAUGUACAGUGUAUGUUGGAUAAAGCAUUCAGUACGUCCUUUCAUCAACCAACCCAGGCUAUGUUCCAUAGCUAACCAGGGAAACAGUGCAUUUCAUCAAAGUAUGUCAUUUGAUAAGUUCUCUGAUCCGACAAAUUUGAUAGAUCAUGAUUGGCUGACAAGCACACUACAUGUACAGUGUAUGUUGGAUAAAGCAUUCAGUAAGUCCUUUCAUCAACCAACCCAGGCUAUGUUCCAUAGCUAACCAGGGAAACAGUGCAUUUCAUCAAAGUAUGUCAUUUGAUAAGUUCUCUGAUCCGACAAAUUCGAUAGAUCAUGAUUGGCUGACAAGCACACUACAUGUACAGUGUAUGUUGGAUAAAGCAUUCAGUACGUCCUUUCAUCAACCAACCCAGGCUAUGUUCCAUAGCUAACCAGGGAAACAGUGCAUUUCAUCAAAGUAUGUCAUUUGAUAAGUUCUCUGAUCCGACAAAUUCGAUAGAUCAUGAUUGGCUGACAAGCACACUACAUGUACAGUGUAUGUUGGAUAAAGCAUUCAGUACGUCCUUUCAUCAACCAACCCAGGCUAAAUGUAUGUUCCAUAGCUAACCAGGGAAACAGUGCAUUUCAUCAAAGUAUGUCAUUUGAUAAGUUCUCUGAUCCGACAAAUUCGAUAGAUCAUGAUUGGCUGACAAGCACACUACAUGUACAGUGUAUGUUGGAUAAAGCAUUCAGUACGUCCUUUCAUCAACCAACCCAGGCUAUGUUCCAUAGCUAACCAGGGAAACAGUGCAUUUCAUCAAAGUAUGUCAUUUGAUAAGUUCUCUGAUCCGACAAAUUCGAUAGAUCAUGAUUGGCUGACAAGCACACUACAUGUACAGUGUAUGUUGGAUAAAGCAUUCAGUAAGUCCUUUCAUCAACCAACCCAGGCUAUGUUCCAUAGCUAACCAGGGAAACAGUGCAUUUCAUCAAAGUAUGUCAUUUGAUAAGUUCUCUGAUCCGACAAAUUCGAUAGAUCAUGAUUGGCUGACAAGCACACUACAUGUACAGUGUAUGUUGGAUAAAGCAUUCAGUACGUCCUUUCAUCAACCAACCCAGGCUAUGUUCCAUAGCUAACCAGGGAAACAGUGCAUUUCAUCAAAGUAUGUCAUUUGAUAAGUUCUCUGAUCCGACAAAUUUGAUAGAUCAUGAUUGGCUGACAAGCACACUACAUGUACAGUGUAUGUUGGAUAAAGCAUUCAGUACGUCCUUUCAUCAACCAACCCAGGCUAUGUUCCAUAGCUAACCAGGGAAACAGUGCAUUUCAUCAAAGUAUGUCAUUUGAUAAGUUCUCUGAUCCGACAAAUUUGAUAGAUCAUGAUUGGCUGACAAGCACACUACAUGUACAGUGUAUGUUGGAUAAAGCAUUCAGUACGUCCUUUCAUCAACCAACCCAGGCUAUGUUCCAUAGCUAACCAGGGAAACAGUGCAUUUCAUCAAAGUAUGUCAUUUGAUAAGUUCUCUGAUCCGACAAAUUUGAUAGAUCAUGAUUGGCUGACAAGCACACUACAUGUAUGUUGGAUAAAGCAUUCAGUAAGUCCUUUCAUCAACCAACCCAGGCGGUUGACAUGUGAAUAUAAGGGAAGCAAAGAAGGGCAUAAACUGGGUGCCUUUUUUACCUAUAGGGCGGGGCGAACAUCCGGCAUUUUGAUCUCGAGCCCUAGCAACUGACCGGCCGAUGAAAACAAUGCACUCGCGACCCGUACAGCAGCGCUGUGUUUUGGCAUGCCUACAAUGUAUAAUACACAAACAUCACAUUCGUACUUUGUGAUAAUCGAGUUUAGGCGUCUUGUCAAAUGUGUGUGUGCGUCUUUACCUUUAUAUUCUACGGCGAACCUGCUGAGCGUGCCAUUGUCCAUUUUUCUUUCCUACGGGUCAGUGCUCUUGCCAUUCAAGACGCCAGCGUGCCCUUUUGCAGCGAAAACGGAAGCGUCCGCUUUUAUCUUUUCUUUUGACACCCCCGGUUGGCUCUCCGAGAAGAUGUUUUUGCAUGAGCGCCCUCUAUGUCCACGAUAUCGGUGUUUUAGGCCCGAUCUCUAGUCACUGAUCUGAAUAUCGUUGUGUCCUUGUAUCGGUGUGCCUAGUCCAGUGGGGUAUAUAUUUUCCAAAGUUACGCUUUCACAAUUUCUUUUGAUAAUUUUUCGUUUCGGGUUUCAGUAUAUGACAAAGUUCAAUUAGAUUUAGAUUUCAUUUCUUUAAUAAAACAAUUAAGCUUUAGCCCUUUAGCACGAGCAUUUUGUUUUAUUUUGAAGAAUAUACCGUUAAGAUAUUGACUUUCUAAAAGUAAGUGUUCAGGCGCGGGUGAGAUUUUAUUUUAUCACACUGAGCCCACACAGUCAGCAUUGUCGGGUGAAAAGGAAAAAUAUGGAGUUGUCCUUAACAUCUUUGUAAACGAAAUGCAAAGCCCCUCACAAAAGAUGCAAUAUAAAUCAUACCUGGGUCCAAAAAUGAUGGCAUUUAAAUUUAUACAUUGAAACGCUACUGUGAC